AUGGAUUCGUCUCGGAAUAUCUACAGAAGAGAAAUCGACUUUAGAGCUCUAGCUCUCACGUCUCCGGAAUUUGCGAAACGUUUAAAAUCCAAUGACCAGCUAGAUUUCAGCGAUCCAGACUCUGUGAGACAGCUCACAAAAAGCCUUCUGGAACGAGAUUUCAAACUUGUUGUUGAUCUCCCAGACGACAGGCUGUGUCCUCCCAUACCAAAUAGGUUCAACUACAUUCUGUGGCUUCAAGAUCUUCUCGACACUAGCUCGAGAACUGGCACCGAUCAGUAUGAUCUGAACAGACAAGUUCUCGGUCUCGACAUAGGGACUGGGUGUUGUGCUAUCUAUCCUCUCCUAGGGUGUUCAUCGCGUCCGAGAUGGAGAUUUGUCGCUACGGACAUCGACGGCAGCAAUAUAUCGUCAUCACGCAAAGUCGUCUCGGACAACAAGCUCGACGACCGAAUCACAAUCCUGGAGACAAAGCCGAAUGAUCCGCUCAUCCCAAUUGACAGACUCGAUGUUGACAGAUUGGAUUUUGUUAUGUGCAACCCCCCUUUUUACGAAUCUGAAGAAGAACUUGUUUCGUCCGCCAGGGCGAAGUCACGGCCGCCUUUCUCAGCAUGCACCGGCGCGGCAGUUGAGAUGAUCACACCAGGCGGCGAAGUAGCCUUUAUCGAAUCCUUGGUUCAGCAGUCACUGGCCCUCAAAACGCAUAUUCUGUGGUAUACGAGUAUGUUUGGCAAGCUGUCCAGUGUAUCAGUUGUGGUGCAGAAACUCCUCGAUAGUGGAAUCAACAAUUGGGCCGUCACGGAAUUCGUACAGGGCAAAGGGACUCGUCGCUGGGCCGUGGGAUGGAGUUUCUCGGAUUGGAGGCCGCGUAGUGACGUGAGUAGAGGAAUUACCUCGCUCCCUAAGCAUCUUCUGCCGUUCCCAUCGCAUUACAACUUCGAGAUUCUGGGGCGACAUACUGGCUCUUUAGAGCACAUCAUCAACAAGAUCAACAUCGAAUUCUCUCCCCUGAGGUAUUUCCAUUAUACCUGGUACUCCAAACAGUCGUGUAUCGGCUAUGCAAAGGAAGAUAUCUGGUCAAGAAAGGCACGACGAAAGUUUGCACGAGAGCAACACGAUGGCGAAACAAUAAGCCAUGAUGAAAAAGCACUUGAUGUUGUGACAGCUGCACUUGGAUUCCGGAUCGAUCUAUCACUUCAAGCAGACCACAGUGUUGAUGUGGUGGUCAGAUGGAUCAAAGGAUCUGACCAAGUGCUAUUCGAGAGCUUCUGUGGCAUGCUUAAAAGGAAACUCACGGAGGAGUAG